AUGCCUCUUAUCGGCUCCGCUCCUACCGCCGUUCUUAUACGCUACCCGGAGCCUCAUCCUCACUCAAGCGUCCCCUUCUCGUCGCCUCCCAUCCCGCGCUCCGCCUCUCUCAGCUCUCCCCAGCCUGGCUCUUCACAUUCCGCCUUCUCGGCUCACCACGCGUCGCAACCCACACCCCGCUCGAAGACGCCGCUCCGCUUCUCGCUCACCGCGCCCGUCCUCCUACACUCGUCACCGCUCCUGCGUCCUCUCAUCGGCUCCCAUCUCACAUCUCCCUGCGCCUCCCCUCGCUCCAGCCGCCUCCAUUCCUCGUCGCGUUGGGCCUCGCGUUCCUGCUCGUCGGCCUCUAACCUCGGCCUCGCUUCCCUCGGCUCAUCGCGCUCCUCAUGCCAAGGUUCCCCACUCUCGCCUACCCGCUCCGCCCAUCACUCCUCUUCCCGCUCCAGCUCUUCCCACGCCCUCGCAGCUCCCUCGCGCAUUCGCUCCGGCGUCCGCUCCUCCCGCUCCUCUUCUUUGCCAUACUCGCCUCGCCUCCGCACCUCUCGCACUCGCUCGCCCAUCGCCUCUCGGCACUCUGCGCCCGCUCAUAUCGCUCUCCCAUCCCCCGCUCAUCCGCUUCUCAGCUCCCCUCCUCCUCCACAAUCUUCAAUCGCCUCCGGCUCGUCCUCCGCGCACCAUUCUCAUCCGAUCUCCGCUCUAUGA